GUUUCCCUUAUCAGACCGUUUGAGUUGCAGUGUUGGAGUUCGAGUGAAAGUAAAAGAGGGAGAAAAACGGAGUGGGUGUCAUGGCAGACGAAGAACCAACUUCAGAGGACACCUACGAAAACCUGCUGCUCCUCGGAGCCAUCGCAGCAGCCUCAGCCUUUGUUGUUACCAUCGUUAUCGUUCUAGUCUGCGUCGGCUGCCAAAGAAAAAGCAAGAGCAAGCAUCCCCCAGCUGGAGAGAAAGGGACGUCUGUAAAUAUGCAGGGCACACUCCGGCAUCCAAAGCUGAACUCCAUGAGUAAAUCUGACACCAGGCUGGAUGAAAUCAAUCGCUUUCCCUGCAAUGGAAACUCUGUUAGCAAGAGCCGCCCAGCCAGUAUGGACCUCCUGCUCCUCCACAGCCGGCGCUCCCAAACAGACCUGAGGCCCUCCCAUGGUCGCCAGCUGCCUCAGAUUCCCACCAGUCCACAAGAAACUGGUCAAGGCGGAGGAGGGGACACAGGCGGUAGCGAAGGCGGAGGUGGAGGGGGGGAUGCUAGGGACCACACCUAUACUGAGGUGGGCUUGCGCAAUAACCCCACCCCCAUCCAGUACCUGGACGAUGGCCUGUAUGAAAGCGUAGGUGUCCGGGAAGGUGAAGCAGGCCAGAAGGUUCCCUCUGCACCAGCAACCACAUCUGCCAACACUCCAGCUGCAGUUCGAGCAGCUCAGAGCCCAUCGGCUCAAGCCAACGGGGCUCGUAAUGGAAGCGGGAACGGGGGUAGAGGAAAUGGCAGAGGAAAUGGCACCAUUAAUGGAACCAUGACAGUAAGAGCUAAUGGGCCGAGUGGGAUAAACAAGUCCCCUUUCUCUUCUGUCAACUCCCUGGUCAGUCAGGAUACAUCGGCUGCUGAGUACGCCUCCAUACGGAAGUUUAAAAAGGCUGACAAGUUAAACAGGAAGGAGAAUAACGGCGCUGACAGCCAGUCAGACAGCCAAUCAAGCGUGAGCGAUUCCCCCUCCGCUGGUCCUCCUGCUCUACAUCGCAGCCAGGAAUUUCCACGCAAACCACUGGAGCCAUUUCACCUGCACUCAUUCCCAAAGGAGGCUGUGUUUAUGGGCAAUGGGGAGCAGUAUAUCUGGAAGCCUCCAGAGGAAGAUGACAUCAUCACCUUGCACCCACCACCACAGCGUGCAGACAAUGGACAGGCUCACCCAUCGCCCCAAAUUGCAAAAGAGAUUGCAGACACCUACUCUAUUGUAUGUUAUACCCAGAAAAAGAAACCGCCUAUAGAGCACAAUGGAGCAAAGACCCUCCCGCGUUCCUUUGGAGGGGAGAGGGGAAACCAGGGUUCUCGAGGCCGCGGCAGAGGUGUCCAGGGCCAGGCACGGUCCCAGGAGGAGCCCUGCUAUGAGCCGGUAGGAGACAGGUCAUGGUCCUCUGCAGUGGCUGAGUCAGACCCUGCGUACGCCAGUGUCGACAUGCACCGUAAACGCGAGCAAGGGGGAACCAAUAACAGCACAGGUGGGGGCAGUGCCACUCUGAAGAGAAAGAAGCAGAACCCACAGCAGCAGCAGCAGCAGGCAGCACCAACAGCACCUCAAGGCUCAGGACCCCCCGCUCCUCCAGCAAGAAGCCUCCCUGGCGGGGAUAACUUCUAUGAGACCAUCAGUGACGUAAAACAAGGAGGAAACAGCUCCAGCACUACCACCAUUUUCACGUUCAAUGAUGGGAUGGAGAUGUAUGUCACCGGCCUGUAGCACAUUGGCAGGCAGAGAUGGCCCAGGAUCUACCUGUACAUGUUCCAGGGGUCUUCCUGUUCACCAGCCUUCAGUUCGCUGUACAUAGACACAAGGCAGGCCCACUAUAAUCAAUCAACAUGAGGAUCCAUUUUGUGUUGACAUCAGGUACAAACAGGGUCUUAAUCCAGGUUCAGACUUUCUUCGAUUGGUCUGUACUUCAGAACCAGCCUAAGCCUAGUCCAGUUCAAAUAUGGACCAAAUACAUUUGAACGAAAAUGUCCAAGUAAAGAAAAAAAUACAAGAAUAUACAUUAAUGUUCUGUGUCACUGGCCAUAUUCGCCUGUUUGUGCAUCAUUUUCCAUAAUAUCUUUAUUUUUAUAUGAACACUGUACUCUUAAGAGUUUGUGGUGUAAUUCAAAAAUUGAGAAAAACACACAAUAAGAAAAAAAGUGCAUGCAUUUUGCAAAUACACGCAAAAACACACAUGAAAAUAGACAGAAGUAGCAAUGAAAAGGUAUAUUUAAGGAUUAUGAGAUAUCCAUACAAACACACACCUCAUUUUUGAGGAACAUGAGCAACAUAAGCACAUGUAUGUCACAGAUAUUGGUGGCACUUUGCUCUCCCUAAACAAACAUGAAACAGGUUUGCAGUGCACGCUGACCUGUUGCCCGGCAGACAGCAUUGUGGAGCUUUGUUCAAACAUAAGACUAUAACUUGCAGCCUGCUCAAACACAGAAGUAAAUUAAGGUUAUUGUCUACCACAAAUCAUCACCAUUGUGCCCCAAGCUCAGUAGAAGUUACUAGUAACAGUAAUUCAAAUACUUAAAAAAAAAAACCUAUACUUUAAUUCUGAUAAAUUCAAAUAAAAAUCAUCCUGAAUAAAGAUCAUUUAAAAAUCCACACUUAAAUUUGACAAACAUCUGUAGCCUGAGGCAUGUUGACACAUCUCAACAUAUCCCCCCACUCACACGCUCACACACACAUAUUUGGCAGAGUCAUGCAAGGUGAAGUGGUAAGGUCAGGGGCAGUGAGUGGCUUGUGCAAGAUUUUCCCCAGUGACAUUUCACAAUGGGAAAUCAACUGUAUUAAAAGAAUAAAUAAUAUAAAAGUUAUUUUUAAUAUACAAAGAAUGAGAAAUUGUCCAGAACAACACAGGAUGCACCACUCUGGGCAAAUAAUAUCUCAUAUCCUCCGAAGAUUACAAAAAUCUGAUUUUAUGACCAUUGUAAUUUUGCCCUGGACAGCUGCAGAGCUUAAUUGUGUGUUAGCAUGCUCUAAACAGUGUAUCAGAGCUUAGUUCUGACUCAGUUUCUGGUUUUAAGUCAAAGCCAAAAUUCCACAUAGCUCACCAGACUUGGUUUUUGUGGUUGAAAUAGUAAGAGAAGAUUUUUGACUCCAAAGAAAAUAAAGAGUUUUGCAUAAAAAUUACCAUUGAGUGUCCUUUGGAAAGUUGCCCCUCUCCUUUUCCCCAUGUUUCUUGCCUCUUUACUGACUUUUCUUCCAUUACAAACAACAUCUUUCCCAUGUAGCUUUGGGAGACAUUAAAAAAAGAAAGAAGGCAAGAAGAAAAAACAUUUCGGUCUUAAAAUAUUGGCAGGAAGACAAUACGUGAGGAGGGAAACAAAGUGCUCACUUACUGUGAAACAAACUCGAUUAAAAAAAGUCUGUAAAAUAAAUUAAGGAGUGCUACUGUCAGAAAGUAUGUAAAAACAAAUGCACACUGUACUUUAAUGCACUGUUUAUUUUUCAAUCUUUCCUUAUGAAGAAACCGUCGGUUGAAUAGCUCACACCACUGCCAUGAAAACAGUAUGUUUAUGUUGUUGAUGCAAUUUUUCCUGCUUGAUCAAAUAAGUGCAUGCUUUGAUAUGUGGAGAUGAAAACAGAUUUUGUGGUACUUAAUUUAUGUGUUGUAACUCUUUUCUGUUGUACUUUUUGCCAUGUGAUGCAAAGCGGCAUUCAGUUUUUUCCAAAGCAAGAGAGAGUUACGGUGGAACUGCUGCGAGUAUAUGGCGGAGCAUUUUUUUAUUCACUCCUUUGGGGGAACAAGAAAAAAUAGUUAAAGCUUCGGUGGAAGUUGUGGAAGCUAGUGUAAUGUUGGAAUAUGAUCACUGCAAAUGGACACAGACUCAAUAGACUCCCCCUCCCGCUCACAGAAACACACAGCAGCAUCCAGCCAUUUGCAAUUCAAGUUUAAGGAAAGAAGCACAAUUCGCUUCCACUUGGUCAGCAGAUGCAUGAAAUCCCACCCUCAGCUGUAUCCAUCCUCCAGUAACACAGCCCUUUCUCUUUUUUUCUUCACCUUUCUCCUGCACUGUGCAGCAGAGGGGCCUUUGAAGUCCAGUUCUGAGGGACUGAGGGAGUGAUAUGUGGGUCGAGGAUAGGGCAGAGGCAAUGGGUCAGGCCAACCUGAGCCUGAUAUCAGCAAUGCAUAAACGACUCAACUAUUGUCAGAUAUCAGAAAAGGACAACAGCUGAGAUGCUCCACAAGUUCUGAGGCUUCACGUGAACAGUGUGGUCUAUAAAUUGCCAUCACACUCUAUCCUUUUGUCUGUGGCUUUUACCUAAUGUGUCACUUUUUCUUUAUCCCGAGAGAAAGCACUGGUCUGAAAUGCUUUUUUGAACGCUGUUACACAUUGACUGAGACAGAUGUUCACUGCACAAAUAGUAUGACGAUGUAAAUGUGUAAUAUACUCUGUCGCUCUUCAGAUGUUGUUGCAUUGUAACAUACACUAUACAGUAUAUUUGUUGACAAAAAGAAGAUGGUUAUCACAGACACAUUGUACUUUGUGGAUGCAACAUGUUCCAUGCUUUCCAUGCAGAUACAGAUGCUGUUGGUUAAUUGUCUUAUGAUAUAAUUAUGGGCCAAUACUGCUGUGACAGCUGUAGCCAAUGUUAUAUGUUCUUAAAGCACAGGGUUUAGUUUAAAAAUAAUAAAUAUAAUAAAUAUAGUGUGACAGUGCAGAUAUGCAGAAGAUUGUAAUGUUUUAUAUUACCCUUCAUAAAAUAUUAAAGUGAGUUUUUACUUUUCUAAUAAAGUUGCACAUUAUAACAUGCU